UAAUAACAAGAAAUACAUUUCAAUAGAAAUCACUUAGCAGCGCAUUUUGCAAAUUGCACAAACACGCACAUAUAUUUAUUUACGCAUAUUGCACAUGUCAUCAUAGCCAACAACUACAACAACACCCAACCAACCACCAUGAUAAAUGCUGUAAAAUUUGCCCGUUUAUUAUUAUUGCCAUUGCUAUUAUUUAUGGCCAACAAUUCUAAUGUCAACUUUGUCGUUGCAAACGGCACACCAAAAAGUCAACUACAACAAUUACAACAGCAACAGCCACUGCCACAGCAGGAAGUGUUUUAUGCGCCACAACAACUGCAACAACUACCACAGCGACAGAAUGAGUGGUAUCAUCAACAAUUACAACAACUACAACAAUAUCAACAGCAAGCAACACAACUACAAAAACAGCAACCAUAUAAUCCAGCAUUACCCGCUAUACCGCUAUCAGCACCCACAACUGCUACCGGUGCCGUUCAUCAGCAGCCACCUGCGGCGGCAACGUCGCCGUCGUCGUCAUCAUCAUCAUUGGCAGCAGACACAUUAACAGCUGCAGAAAAUUUUACAACAUCAACACAACCAAAUGGAGUAGGUUACGCCAACGAUACCGUAGGCUACAUAGAAGACACUCCUAGUGGCGAAGAUGCUGAUGACAAGCAACCCAGUGAAAUACAGAAAGCUGUUUGCACCGUCACCGCUGGUGAAGUGCGCGCAAGCGCUGAAGCAGUGACUACAAAGAAGCUGAAGGGUGUCUGUGGUUCAGCUGAGUUGAAAUUGGCCUUCAGUGACUUGGAAGCAAAACUCUAUAAAGAAUUACAGGAAAUAAAAACAUUAUUGCAAUACAUCGCGCAACAACAGGGCAUAAAUGCGCCCCAAUUAUUAAGACCAAUGAGUCCACCGAUUGCAACAACCACGCCCUUAACACCACUGGUUGCCGCAACGCCUACAAAACCACCACCACCAACAACGCAGGUCACAGCAACACGGCUGGCACAACACAAGCAUCUGCCCAGCAGCAAGCCAACAACAGUUGCCAAACCGUUAUUCCAACCUAUUGCUGAGCCUAAAAGUAAUGCACUCGACACCUCAGCUGAGGCGAGUUACGAAUAUGAGGAAUCCUCGGCUGGUAUAGAAGCAGAAGAUCCAUUACCCAAGAAACUACCACAGCUCAAGUCAGUUCACCCAAAGAGUCAAUCAGCGUCUGUCCCCAGUGAGCUUUUGCAGGAGAUAAGAAAAUUCAAUAACACAAUGCUGAGUGACAGUGAGUUGAAGGUGUUCACUUACUAUUGGAAAUUAGAGAAUUUCACCGCACGCAUUGAGAGCGGUCACAGUACGUUGGUGGAGAGUCCGAUAUUCUCAAUAAAAGGCAAACCUCUGCAUCUGGUAGCCGAUUUCCAGCACCUGAAUCGCGAUUUCCUCUAUCUGCAACUCACACAGGCGAAGACGAGAAGUAAGAACCGUAAUAAUAUUAUCAUCGAUAUGGGCGGUUUAUUCAAAGAAAUCGCAAAUGACAAAAUCAGUUUCAAGCAUAAAAUAUCCGUGCUCAAUCAGCAAAAUCAACGUUCAAAGGAUUUAAUUUCCCAAGAGCUCUACAAUCUCGACAGCGGGUUUCUCAUACCGAAUAGCGCAUUACUUAAGAGUCCAUUUAUAAAAAACGAUUCUUUGUUAAUACAAAUUUUUCUUUAUUUAUAACUGCAUCAUGACGGCAUAUAUAAUCUGCAUUAUUAUUAUUGUUAUUAUUAUUUUGUAUUUUUUUUUGCUUUAAUUACAUAUAUGUAAGUGUAUACCAUUGAAUAAGUCGAUUGACGUUUCAUUUAUCUUUAAUAAUUGCAUAUAAAUAUAUUAUUUUUUUAUUAAAUUUGUAAAGCGAUUAACUUAAUGAAAAUGUUCGCUACAAUUAUUUAUUGUUUUAUUAAAAUUUAAUUAAUUUAAAGCAAAGUGCCGUUACGGAGGUACAUUUUUAAAUGGUGAAUAAAAAUUAUGAAAAA